AUGGUCCUCAUCCCGCCGAGCCACUGCAUGAUCUUCAACAUGAGGGAGACCGUGACCCUGGACCACGUCAGAUUCCGUUGGAUCGCGGAACAGUGGUUAACGACCCCUCUGGGACGGGGGAAGAAACCGGAUUUGUCCCACCAGCGACGUACGACAAUCUCCUGUAUCGGCACAGGGGGCUACACCUACCAGGGCAACUGCUUGGUUGUCGAAGAUUGGCGAGUACCUGCAGAGAACAGUGGAAGUGACAGCAUGGACCUCUCACGGGGCAGCUUCUGGGAGUCAGGUUGGACAAUGGCCAGUGCAGGAAACUACUUAUGGGAUGCCUGCGCCUUCUAUGACACCGAGGGCGUCAAUGGUUGCGGUGGAGUAGCAAAGCAGCUUGAGGCGGCCAUGGGCGACCUCAAUGAGCGACUGCAAAUGGAGAAACGUAGGGCCGAGGAGGCCACCCUUGAGAUCUACAACCUCCCCCGGGACUAUUGGAGCGUGAUGGUUAUAGUGGCCCCGGAGUUUAUACAGGAGUUACCACAGGCCAUACCCCACUGGUCCCUAAUGCGAGUAGUGCUCCGCUACCAGUACUUGACGCCGCUCUUCUACAGGAGCCUCUACGCCACGUUCGAAAUGAUGGAGAGCAAGUACGAGAUCCUCCUGGGGCUAGUUCAGGUUUCGUUGAUGGUUAUAGUGGCGCCGGAGUUUCAGGAGUUACCGCAAGCCAUACCCCAUCUGGUCCCAAUAUUAGUUUACAAGGUGUGCGUCCAAGAUCACAGUCACCUGGUCCUCGUGCCUUUCUCCAAGGUCUAUUUGGUCGCGGGUCCACAGGUUGGGGCCACCCUUGCCUACUGGGUCUGUGAAUGCUGGGAGCGUGCCAGGGCCUAUUCGUCUACAACACCUGAGGGGAACUUAUUGGCUACCUUGGCCCGUAGCAUUGAGACCUUGCUACAGCAGCAGCAGCAGGGCGGCAAGUCAGAUCGUCCCGAAACCGUCAAGCCUGGCAUCACUGAUCUCCCGAGCCUUCCUGAAUAUCAACCCACGACUGGCAGCAUCGACCUUUUGAACUGGCUCACUCAUAUACAGCCGAUAAUGCAGGAUCUGUCGGAUACGAGCUAUGCUUGGUGGGAGGCUACAUUGCAAGAAAAGGCUUUGGUGUUGCAAAAGCUUGAAAGACCUGACACCUGCGAGACGGCCUUGCAGGCGGUGGAAGCACUGAGGAAGUGGUCGCUGUGGAGAAGGCGGGCAGCUUCAAUUGGCAUUGCGGAGCCCGAUGCUUCGGUGUUGAUCCAGGGCUUGGACCGCAUCACGACAAAGGUGGAUGUUUGUCCGAGUUCCCAGUCGGUCACGACUUUCUUGCAACACUUGCAGGCCGAGAUGGAACAGCAGGACUGCAAGGCUCCCGGAGGAGCAUUGGCAAAGACUGCUCGUGCAAUGGGCAGCGGGCCUGGUGAGACAGGCUCAACCUCACCCACCAGCUCGGCGCCUGAAGUGGGUCAGCGCAAGGUGAACUUCGAGGAUGAGGUGAUCCAGACUAAGGUCCUCAAACUGCUUGCCGAGGUGCAGGGCAUCCCGCUCUUCAGGUCCGUGACCGAGCGGAUCCAAGGAUGGAGAGAUGGCUUCUUUUCUAUCACUAAGGCUCGACCAGCCCUGUUGGACUCCGGUGCUACUCAUGUUCUUCGGGCCCCACACAAUGAGGAGGAGUGGAAUGAAGCAGCGGAUGUGAGUGUUAAGCUGGCGGGUGAUGCAACGACUACUAUGCGACAGACCUCCACGGGCUCUUUGUUGUCGAGCGACCAGCUGGCCCAGGUGAUUGUCCCCUUGGGAAAGGUGAUUGCUACCCUUGGUUACGAGUUGAACUGGACCUCUCGUUCCUGUGAGCUUGUGGGACCCAAUGGUGAGGUCCUUCCUUUGGUCGUCAAGAAUGGCUGCCCGGAGAUUGGUCAGAAGGCAGCAGCAAGGCUGAUACAGCAGCUCGAGGAGGAGCAGGUUGCUCAGCUUGAAGAUGCCACCCAGGCUUCCCAGAAGGCCUUGAGAACAUUGAAGGCGAGUUGGUGGUCCUACCUCCAGGAGUAUGUUCGGACCCACGACCCCGUUGAGGCUUGUGCUGCGGUGGACAAGGCGUUCUUCUUGGACUAUAAGGAUGAUGUCAAGAGACUUAUGGUCACUAAAACACCGAGGAAUAGCAUUUGGGAGAUGCUGAAGAACCUCUGCGUGAACCGUCGUGGCAGAAAGAAGCUGAUGAAGGCCCACUCUUGGGUCCUACGAUGGGAUCCUCCUACUGUGGAUCGCCCUCGCGAUGCUUUGAAGCACCUAUCCUACAUUAUUGGGAACAUGGUGUACGUCAACAUGAGCAUCCUCUUGAUUGAGAAUGAGUUUGAGGAUGUAUGGAGAGUUGUACAAUGGGCGGCCUUGACGGGCCGAAUCAGCACUAUGGUUGCUCGGGAUGGCACAGGCACCCCGCUCGACAAGGUGAUUGCAGGCCCUCAUCGCAGCAAGUUCCAUUUCCUCCAUGCAUUGGCCUCUGCCUCACGCGAGCUCUUUGGUGGAGGCGUUGUGACACUUUAUGUUGAAAUUGAUGCCCAGCAGUACUUUGAAGAGAUGGGUUUGAUGAAUGUUUCCGUGACCCAGUUUGAAGGUGAUCGGACUGCGAGGCUGGCCAAGUUGAACAGUGAUGCUGAGUGGCGACUUCAUGAGGAUGAGGAGAUCGAGAUUGAUUAUGAGCAUGGCGAAGGGGAUGUGGAUGGUCCUGGCCGUGCUGGCGUCUCUCCUGAAGAGAUUGAGGAGGAGGAGCGACGGUGGAAGGAGUUGCUUGCUACGUUCAAGGAGCCGAUCGCUACUACAACGUUGUACUUUGUUGUCCCGGUGAACAACAAGAGGGCGGCAACUAUGUUACCUGCAGUGCAGAAGAUCGUCAUGGAUGUGAAGGCCCUUGGCUACCCCAUCACUCGCCUUCAUUCAGAUCGAGGAGGUGAGUUUCGAGGGAAUUUGGUGAGGAAGUGGGCUUUGGGACAAGGAAUGUGGCCUACUACCACUUCAGGUUCGGACUCUGCGGCAAAUGGUGUGGCAGAGUCUGGGGUCAGGUUCAUUAAAAGGCGAGCCAGAGUCUUGUUGGACACGGCCGGCAUUGCCAAGGAGAACUGGCCUACCGCAGUGCAGUAUGCGGCUGCACAACAACGCGCUGAUCAACUUGGAGUGUUGCCAUCUAUGCCUGUUGCCUACGGCACCAAAGUGUAUGUCAAGACGAAGCGCUACAAGACUGGGGCGGUCGAGGAUUUCGGCCCCCAUUGGACAAGAGGGCAGUAUGUUGGACCCUCUAGCGACAUCAGGGGCGGCCACGUGAUCUUGAAGGACACCGGGACUUUCAUCCAGACGACCCACGUUCGGGUAACUCGGGAUCCUCCGCCUUUGGAGGAAGUG